AUGGCUAACAGAGUCUACUCAUCAGUCGAGGCCAUCGCUUUUGUUAGUCGCGCAGUCAGUGCCCGGGAGUCGCCGAACUACACCUUUGGUCCUUGUGUUGUACAGAAUUUACUUCUUCUUCUGGGACCCACAUGCUAUGCUGCAUCCAUCUACAUGGGUCUGGGACGAUACAUCCGAAAAUUGGAGGGGGAGCAGUUCUCGUUGCUUAAGCCGAACUGGCUGACGAAAGUCUUCCUCGUUGGCGACAUAGUAUCAAUUGCGCUGCAAGCGGUUGAUGGUGGAAAGUUCGUCAAGGUUGACACCGCAGACAACGAGACGACAGUAGAAAGCGUUGUAACUGCUGGCAUAAUGGUACAGCUCGUGUUUUUCACCCUCUUUAUUGCGCUGGCGACAUCGUUCCACUUCCUAUUUCUCAACAAGUCUCUAGUACAGCCUUACGGCUGGCAAAAGUUCAUGGUCGUCAUUUCCGUAGCAAGCGCACUCAUCCUCGUACGAUCGCUUUUUCGAAUGAUUGAGUACGUUGAAGGACGUGAUGGAGAGCUGCAAUCUAAAGAGGUGUAUAUCUAUGCCCUCGAUGCAAUUCCCAUGGCUAUUGAGCAUGCUGAGUUGUUUUCUCCUGAUAAACUAGACUGGAGAAUUGUUAUAGUGAAGGAUGUCCGCGACUCGGAUUUUCCAAAUCCCGAGUAUGUGUCACUCUCGAGGCUAGGUAUCGCGUUUCUCGCCCAUCACGUCAUUGUUGAUGGUAUGAGCGCCGUCACCUUUCAUUCCUCACUAUAA